GGGUGGUGGCAGCGCUGGCGCUGGGGACCGGCUCGGUGGCUUCGGCAAACAGUUUGGCGCCGGCGGCCGCCAGCCUCACUCCACAGCCCGCCCUCGACACGGCUCGCAGCCUCCUCGCCGCCGGCAGCCCGCAAUGUGGCCCACCGUGCGGGUGUAGCAGCUGCGCGUGCGCGGAACCGCGGGGCCAUGAGCGAAGCCGGCGCCCGCCAGGGCUGUGGGUGCCGGGUCCCCCAGCGAGCGUCAUGGAGCCUGGUGGCAGUGACGGCCGCACUCUGUCUGAUGGUGGCCACGUCCGUGUGCACGGCAGGGGCCGCGCCCAUGAGUAGGGAAGAGAAGCAGAAGCUUGGAAAUCAAGUCUUGGAAAUGUUUGAUCAUGCUUAUGGCAACUAUAUGGAACAUGCCUACCCAGCUGAUGAACUCAUGCCUUUAACCUGUCGAGGCCGUGUCAGAGGCCAGGAGCCAAGCCGGGGUGACGUGGAUGACGCCCUAGGAAAGUUUUCCCUAACACUGAUCGAUUCUUUGGACACUCUUGUGGUAUUAAACAAAACUAAGGAAUUUGAAGAUGCAGUGAGAAAAGUUUUAAGGGAUGUUAAUUUAGAUAAUGAUGUAGUUGUUUCAGUCUUUGAAACAAACAUCAGAGUUCUUGGGGGUCUUUUGGGUGGACACUCACUGGCGAUCAUGCUGAAGGAAAAAGGUGAACACAUGCAGUGGUAUAAUGAUGAGCUUCUCCAAAUGGCUAAGCAGCUGGGUUACAAGCUCCUGCCUGCUUUCAACACUACCAGUGGCCUUCCGUAUCCCAGGAUUAAUUUAAAGUUUGGCAUCAGAAAACCAGAAGCCCGGACAGGAACUGAGACAGACACCUGUACGGCCUGCGCAGGCACCUUGAUUCUCGAGUUUGCUGCCUUGAGUCGGUUCACAGGAGCCACCAUAUUUGAGGAAUAUGCAAGAAAAGCUCUUGAUUUUCUCUGGGAGAAAAGACAGCGAAGUAGCAAUUUAGUAGGUGUGACUAUCAAUAUUCACACUGGAGACUGGGUGCGCAAAGAUAGUGGAGUUGGAGCAGGGAUCGACUCCUAUUAUGAGUAUCUGUUGAAAGCCUAUGUCUUGCUUGGAGAUGACAGUUUUCUGGAAAGAUUUAAUACACAUUACGAUGCCAUAAUGAGAUAUAUUAGCCAGCCACCUCUCCUGCUUGAUGUGCAUAUCCACAAACCAAUGCUGAAUGCUCGGACCUGGAUGGAUGCAUUGCUUGCCUUUUUUCCAGGUUUGCAGGUCUUAAAGGGUGAUAUUAGACCUGCUAUUGAAACUCAUGAAAUGUUAUACCAGGUGAUUAAAAAACACAAUUUUCUACCGGAGGCAUUUACUACAGAUUUCAGAGUCCAUUGGGCUCAGCAUCCUUUAAGGCCAGAAUUUGCAGAAAGUACCUACUUCUUAUAUAAGGCUACAGGAGACCCUUACUACCUGGAAGUAGGGAAAACACUCAUUGAAAAUUUGAAUAAGUAUGCUCGAGUGCCUUGCGGGUUUGCUGCCAUGAAGGAUGUUCGCACCGGGAGUCAUGAGGACAGAAUGGAUUCAUUCUUCUUGGCUGAAAUGUUUAAAUAUCUGUACCUGUUAUUUGCUGAUAAAGAGGACAUCAUCUUUGACAUAGAAGACUACAUCUUUACAACAGAAGCUCAUCUGUUACCUCUUUGGCUUUCCACCACAAACCGAAGCAUCUCGAAGAAGAACACAACCUCAGAAUACACAGAACUGGAUGAUAGUAAUUUUGAUUGGACUUGUCCAAAUACUCAGAUUCUUUUUCCUAAUGACCCACUGUAUGCUCAGAGCAUCCGUGAACCCUUGAAAAACGUGGUGGACAAGAGCUGUCCAAGAGGCAUCAUCAGAGUAGAGGAGAGUUUCAGAAGUGGAGCUAAGCCUCCUCUGAGAGCCAGAGAUUUUAUGGCCACUAACCCUGAACAUUUAGAAAUCCUGAAGAAGAUGGGGGUGAGUUUGAUUCACCUCAAAGAUGGGCGAGUCCAGCUGGUCCAACAUGCAAUCCAAGCUGCUAGUUCAAUUGAUGCUGAAGAUGGGUUGCGGUUCAUGCAGGAGAUGAUAGAGCUGUCCAGUCAGCAACAGAAGGAGCAGCAGCUGCCUCCUCGAGCUGUCCAGAUUAUCUCCCACCCGUUUUUUGGCAGGGUAGUCUUAACUGCUGGACCCGCUCAGUUUGGGCUGGAUCUCUCUAAACACAAAGAGACAAGAGGAUUUGUUGCAAGCAGUAAACCAUAUAAUGGUUGUUCAGAGCUCACCAACCCUGAGGCAGUGAUGGGAAAAAUUGCCUUGAUACAAAGAGGACAGUGCAUGUUUGCAGAAAAGGCACGCAACAUCCAGAAUGCUGGCGCCAUUGGAGGCAUUGUGAUUGAUGACAAUGAGGGGAGCAGCAGUGACACAGCGCCCCUGUUCCAGAUGGCGGGUGACGGGAAGGACACGGAUGACAUAAAGAUCCCCAUGCUGUUCCUGUUCAGCAAGGAAGGAAGCAUCAUCCUGGACGCCAUCCGAGAGCACGAGCAGGUGGAGGUGCUCCUGUCUGACAAAGCGAGAGACCGAGACCCUGAAAUGGAAAAUGAAGACCAGCCAUCUUCUGAAAAUGAUUCUCAGAAUCAAAGUGCAGAGCAGAUGCCGUUGCUUUCUCAGACAGUUGACUUGGCUGAUCAGGAGACCCCUGAAAACCCUCUUGAUUCUCACUCAGAGUCAUCAUCUCUAGCAGACAGUGAAGAAGCUGCCGGCUUCACCUCUUCUGAACAGAUACCUAGUUCUACAGAAAACCAUGAGACUACAAGUCUCGAUGGUGAAUGUACAGACUUAGAUAACCAACUUCAAGAACAAUCAGAAACAGAAGAAGAUUCCAGUCCUAAUGUCAGCUGGGGUACCAAGGCCCAGCCUAUAGACUCCAUAUUAGCAGACUGGAAUGAAGAUAUAGAAGCAUUUGAAAUGAUGGAGAAGGACGAACUAUGACUCUCUGUAAAGACUCUGGUGGUAGAUAUUUAACAAGAAGAGGUAAACUGUGGUUUUCAACACCCUAUACCAAGCAGGCUCUCCUAGGAGGCUCUGAGCAUUGCUCAAGCGCGUUCUGACUGGGGUAAGUGGUUACCAUAGGAAUCUGGAGCAUGCUGUGUUAGAGCUGACCUCGCUGAAACUGUCCUGUCCAAAGUGGAAACUCAAAACUCCUCACAUGGUGGUAUCACAUAACCUGCAGCUCCCAGGCCAGGGAAAGAUGACUGGCCAUUCCUGAGUAGACAAGAAACAAAUUCAGCUAAUGGAAAGUGGGAACAGGAGUCAGUGUAGCUUUCUAAUUGGAGAAAGCUUCACUGCCUUGGGUUUGAGGUUAGAGCCCUUUGGGGAAGAGUUGAAUGAGUAUUGUGGCACUGUGGCUUUGCUGCCUUCACAGAAAUACUCUAAGUGUUUGAAACAGAUACGUUCUGUUAACAACAGUGUCUGCUCAUCACUCUUUCCUGCUUCAGUCAGUGACAGUGGCCAAGACAACUUGAUUUCUUUUCCUCUCCCAACAAUGACCUUAGCAUUUAAACCAAAGGUGAAGCCAGUGUACUUUUUCCAUAGGUCUCCAUAAAGACCUACUAUGGGGCCAGGAGGGUCCUAUAGAUAGUGUGGAAAUUGGUUGCUUAAUGCUUGGGGUAAAUAGAGAAGGAGAAACUGUAAUGUUGCAAUAUAACUUCCCGUUGGACUGCCCUGGGGGAAGCUGGGACUACUCUAAACAGGACUCAGCAUUAGAUCCUUGUGGGGUAGAUUUUUUCUAGUUCAUUUCUCUUAAGGUGGCUACUCUAGCCAUCAGCCUUACUCCAUCCCAUGUUAGUAUGCAGUUUGAAACCGCAGGCUCAUCUCCAAGCGCUGUCCCAGUUCCCUGUCUAUAGAGCCAUGAGAAACCAUGGUGGAGGUCUAUAGCCCCGGGGCCACUGCUGUCUUUCUCCUUUGAAGCUAGAGUCUGUCACAUUUUCUGUUAAAUCAUGGAUUUAGGUUUGUUUAGUUUUGUUUUAACAAAUACUCCUCCUUCUGAUGUGGACUUGAAAUUAGUCUCUGGUGACCUGUGUAAAAAACUAUAUAGCCAUAUAAGUAAAAGAAAAAGGUUUGUUUGUUUUUUUUUUGAGGGGUGGUAGUCUGGAGCUGGUCACAUUUAAUUAUUUUUUGUUUUGCUUAUUGAUAGUUCUACAUUGAAAUCAUGUGGUUUUUUUUUCAUUUUAUUUAUUUUUAAACUUGUUUUAAUUGCUUCUAAAGGAAAAUUUAAGGGACUUAAUUCCUUUUUUACCAUGGCAUUACACAAUAACUUUUCUCUAAAACAUGGUUUUGAGGUACUGAAUGACUUAGACUAUCUAUGGAGCUAUGGAAGACAGCACUGCUGUGCUGUGCUGUGCUGUGCUGUGGUUGUGUCUGUGUGUACAGUGUGUCUUAGGUCCAGGGGAAUGUGCCCUUUUAUAAGGGACAAAUACCUGUUUUCAAAAGGUCCAACUAAACAGAAUCGGUCCGUGAAUAAUAAAUGUUAGAGAAUUCCCUGGGGACAGAGGUAGUGACAAGGCCUUUAUUAACUCGUAGUUAAACCUGACAGCAAAAAUGGGUAUUUUAGUCUCUCUGCAUGUGAAGUUUGGUGCGAGAAGAUAGAACCGCAAUGCAUACAGAGUAUAGAGGAGGGUGGAUGUGCUUCGUUUGAUUUCAUUGCAAAGCUGCCAAAAUAGCUGAUGCUUAAUUACUUGACUUGAUUUACAGGACUGGGGCUUGGAGAAAGGGGACAGCUGUUCCUCUGAGACUGAUUACAGAGCCUUCUAUGGAUUGAGUUUAUAUUUGUAGCUCAAAGCCAUUGUUGACUAAAUCAACUCUGCUAAGUUAUCAAAGCUGCGUAUUUUCUCCCCUUGAGAACUUAAUGGCAUGAAGGGGAGGGAGCCCGUGACACACUAGGAAAAGCCAGCUUACUGCCACUUACCAUUCCUUUGGCCACUAGGAGGUGCUGUUGCCCUUCAUUAAGGCUUAGGUGCACCUAUUGAUUUGUUUAAAAAAACCAAAUCCUUUAAAGAAAUAAAUUUAAGACAUUUUCCUUACUACCUAGAAGGACUAAUACUCAGUUUCCCCUACUUAGGAAAGGAGGAAUGUGUUCAGCUUCAGAACACAGCAUUCUAACGGAUUCUCCAUCCAUUUUUGUAUUUGACAUACUGCCACAACGUAGUCUUUGAGUUCACUAGAAAAUUCCAACAGCAUAGAUUUUUUUUAAAUAUGUUUUUUUUUUCAUUGUUGUUGAUAUUGUUUGUUAAGAACCUUUCAUAGAUACUUUAUUUACUUGCUGAAGAUUCAGGGAAUUCUGAGACCCUGAGUUUAGAAACAUCUGGUCUACCUCAGUUAAAUGUUGACUGCUUAGAAAUAGAGCUGAAAUGAUCACCACAGCCAUAAAAUCGUUUGACUAAGAAAGAUUUAUAUAAUGUUUACAAACAUGGAAUCAAGUUGAGGAUAUUACCUGGAAGCUAAAGGUUAAGCUGUUAGAGCAAGUAUUUGAUUCAGGUAUUUUCAAGUUUUAAAACUUGUUUACCAAGUAAAAUUAGGUAUUUUUUUUCUCACAUAAAAACUCCAUUGAAAUUAUAUGCCCUAAUUUGCAAUAUUUUCCCCAUAAAAUUUAAAUGUGAAAGAACAGUAAUUUACUAGAUAUGUUUGGGGUGGGGUAUUUUGUUAGGUAGGUUUUCUUUUUUCUUUUUAACCUAUGUAAUAAGCUUCCAAAAAGAGUAUAAUUGUUUUAGAACAAAUUAUUUUGUAAUUUUACUUUUCCUUUUUCAUUACAGUGUAGAUAUUUUUAAAUGAAAAAUUAUGCACUCUCUGACUUCAAUUUCACUAAUGUAAUUAUUUUCUCGGGAAUUCUUUCAGACUUAAAUUACCAUCAUAUAAACCUUUCUUAGAGCAAAGCCAGCAUUUGUUCUCUCACCAAACUCCAUGCCAGAUUCAUCACAAAGAAAGCUCAGCCUAAGUAAUUCACACAGUGCUUAUCAUUUUAGAGGGAGGUAGCAUUUAGUAACUAUUCCAGCUGGUUGUUUUGUGGACAAGGCUACAGUCAGAACAUAGAAAAAACAUUCUGUGAAUGAAACAUUGUAUGUUCAGAUUUUAUAAAAGACAUUUUUAAAAGCCCAAUUUACAGCCGUAUAUUUUCUUAUGAUGUAAUUUAUGAAAAAGCCGUCUGUACUAACAGGUGCUGUAACACUACUGUUGUUGGGUUUUAUUGUUUGGUGAUAAAUGUAUACAAUAUUUCUAAUGGAAACUAUGUACUGUGAUGUAAAAGUCUGGGCAAAAUGUAUAUAAUCCUUGUAUAUAAUUGUGUAUUUGAUUAUAUUACUGAUUGUAAAUUUAAUAAAACAUGUAAAUAUUCUGGUCUAGUUUUAAAUUUUGAAUUUUUAGAAUCAUUGUACAAAUAUCUAGAAUCUGGUAUCUUUGUUUUCCUUUUGUCUCUCUUUACUCCAGGGCAGUGAGUUUGUGGGUGUUUGGGGGAAUAGAAGCCCAUGCAAGCAUCAGUUCUAAAACUCAAAUAGUACCUAGUACAAACUAGAGUUCAAAAAAAGUCAUAAUUCUGUGUCAAUGUUGGUAACUUUUGUGUCUUGAAUUUACUUAUAUUUAAUAAAAUUACUUGCCCUCUUUUAAUAUUAUCA